CGUAUCGAAGAAAGAAAUGACUUUCAUCUGGUUUGUUGGUUCUCAAAAACACUCGAAAGCAUUUUAGGGUUUUCUUUGCAAGAUCAAGGGUUUUUGGAUUCAAAUUUCAUAUCUGAAAUCCCUAUGUAUGAACUGCUGCUACGUCACAAAUCAAUCAUCAUCCCAGGUAUAUUUCCAUAUCCCUCAUCCUCAAUUCCCUACCAAUGUUGUUUAAUUUCAUCUUUAGAACAAUUUCAACCCCUGCAAGACCUAAUAUCCAUCAACAGCUCUGUUGUCAUGGCUUCCUAUCAUCAUCAUCUUCCCACCAAUCGUCCCCUUUUACCACCAAAUCUUCAAAUCAACACUCAUUCACAGUCAUGUACCUCAUAACUUCAUGUGGGGUUUCUCCAGAAUCCGCAAUUUCAGCCUCCAAACAUCUUAAUUUAUCAAAAUCCCCAAAUUUUGCAGACUCUGUUCUUGCCUUUUUAAAGAAGCAUGGUUUCACCAAAUCCCAAGUUUCAAAGGUAAUCUGUAGGCACCCCAGAAUCUUAUUAUGUGAUCCUGAAAAGACCCUUUUGCCCAAAUUUCAAAUUUUGAAAUCUAUAGGUCUUUCAAGAACUGAUCUUAAUGCAAUUGUGACUGCUACACCACAAGCUAUUAUGCGCUCAAAGUUUAAAGAUACAGCCCCGCCUUGUGUUGAUUACUUGAGAACUGUUUUAGGGUCACGUGAUUUAGUUAUUAGUGCCAUUAAGCGUUUCCCGCUAGCGUUAACGUAUGAUUUACAAGUGUAUGCUGCGGAAAAUAUUCAAAUGCUGUUAGAAGUAGGGGUUUCUUAUUCAACAAUACAAGCUGUGUUGGCACGACAGCCCCGAACUUUCUUUACAUCCGCGGAUACGUUUAGAAAAGUUGUUAAGGAUGUGAUGGAGAUGGGGUGUAACCCUAAGAAAGUUAGGUUUCUUAUGGCGAUUCAUGCUCUCCGGUCUAUGAGCAAAUCGACGUGGGGUAAGAAACUGGCGAUUUAUAAGAAGUGGGGUUGGUCUAAAGAUGAGAUUUUUAUCGCUUUUGAGCGAUAUCCGGGGUUAAUGAUGUCUUCAGAGGAUAAAAUUGUGCGAAUGUUGGAUUUUCUUGUGAAUACGAUGGGUUGGGAAAUGAGUUAUAUUGUUCAGCGGCCAAUAGUCAUUUGUUUUAGUUUAGAGAAGAGGGUUAUUCCUAGGUGUUUGGUUUAUCAGUAUGUAGCGGAGAAAGGGUUGAUCAAGGAAAAUGAGGAUUUUUGCUUUACCAAGUGGUUGAUGUACUCGGAAACGAAGUUUCUCAAUUGGGCUAUGAAGAGGUAUGAAGACGAAGCCCCUGAAAUAUUGAAACUGUAUCGGAAGCAUUUGAAUGAGGCAAAUGGUUCGAGUACUUCCAUUCUUCGAAAAAGAGAUGUAAUUUGAGUUUUGAAAUGAAUUAACAAAAGUUUCUGUAAUCCACAUUGUCAUUGGCUUUUGUAACACUGUCUUUAUGAAGUUACUGGUUUAUUUCAAGUGAUUCAUAGAUUCAACAAAGCCCUUUUGGGAAUUUUUUAUCUUCUUAGUUUCAUA